AUGAAGAUUUCGUGCUCCUUGUGGACGCAUCAGGACGGCGCCUUUCCACACGAUGCAGUCUUCAAUGCCUCCGCAUUUGGAGAGAUCGGGCUCCAAAGCGGUGAUCUAGUGAGCCUGCUGCAUUCUGGCAGCAACCAGAGACAUCUCGUUGUCGUCCAUGAGAUCACGCCGGAACAGAAGUCAAAAUACCCAGGCCUCCAGAUCUCCCUUUCCGAGAGCGCGGCCAAAGCCUACGAUCUUCGCAACCGCUCCACCGUAGAAGUAACUGCGGCUAAUGUCGAGGAUAACUCUGCCUCUCAUGUCGAGCUGACAUUCCGCGAUGAAUACCUCUCCCGCGCCGAUAUGUGGCGGCUCGCAGUGUCAGAGCUGAGCCAACGAGCGCUCUACAGAGGCCAGAAGAUUUUGUUCAUGGGCACCAUCAAAGCAACCGUCCGCAACAUCUAUGUCAACGGCAGGGUCGAAACUUCCGCAUACUUCUCGUCUACCACCAAGCCAAUCUUCCGUAGCGAAUCAGCACGCUAUGUACUAUUCGUUCAGAUGUCAACCGAAAUGUGGCAGUACGCUACCGGCCAGAGCGGCGACCUCCUCCACGAAAAGGUCAUUCGAUUUCUUGAAAAUCUCUUCUUACGCUGGGAAUCAAUGAAUGCUCGGCAUCUCGUGACAAUCAUUCUUUUUACACGUGUUACUUACGACUCCGAAGAAGUUCUCCCCGGCGGAUCCCUGCUCCAAAACCUUCGUAAUGGUGCCACCAAGCAUAAGGACUUCUAUCGCGUUGUCAUCAACGAGAUGCAGAGUGUUGCUUGGAUUGAGAUCCUCAAUACUCUGAAGCGAGAGUUCAGGUACUUUGGUCGCAGUGUUCUCGUCGACAGCAACGUACUACUCGACUGUUACGAUGAAACUGAUCAGCCGCCAUCUUCGGACCAAGGAUUAGGGACCUCGUCAGCCGCACCAAAGCCUCUAAUACGCGGGGAAAUCACUACAGCACCGGAGGGUAACAUCCUGGAAGCCAUCACGCUUGCUUCAUCGCAGUUCUCACAUGACUAUAUUGAUCGUGAUCUUGUUAGGACAGGGAUAUCAGUUGUUGUCAUCACACCAGGCAACGGCAUAUUUCACGUUCCAUACAACAUGUUGAAGCAUAUUACGGACAUUCUGGUUGGCAAUGGCAUCGGCAUCGAUCUGGUCUGCAUGUCACCUCUCUCUCUUCAUUCAACUCCGCUCUUUGUCUUUCGAGAACCUUGCACCGUCGACUCCGCUGCAGAAGCCGCUCCUUCAUCCAUAGAUGACAACACACCGCGUCAGAAACAGCCAAAUUUCGGCCACCUUUCAUCCUCCGCCGGUAGUACUGCGUCAUCCUCAGGAACAAUUACCAAAGAAUCGGCAACGGAACACAUGGACAAUACUAUGGCGGAAACGCCGAAUCAAGGCUCUUCUAAGUCUAUAUCACUGUCCGCUAAAACCACCUCCCUUGGAAGAGAGGUCUGUGCUGUUCCUCACUGGAUCGAUGUAGGAUACUGGGAUGAGUCUGUGGACCGACAAGCUCAUGGACAGACCGCUCGCAGUCAGAAUCUUGCAGGACGAGACGAGUUUAGCCCACAAGUUCGACUGUACGAUCUCGAGAUGACCGGAAUAAUGGAGAACCAGAUGAGCGACAUCUCUAUUCAACAUAUAAUUGAGCAGUGUCAGAAUUUUGGAGCUGGUUGUAGCCCCCGCCAUGAUCGCACUAAGGCGCAUACGUAUCUUCGGGACGACUGGCUGAAGCGCUAUGAUCGAGACGUUUUCAAGAACCUACAAGCCACUCCGCCAGCGGCUGGCAACGCUCGCAGGAAGCAGCCGGAGAUCCAGCAGGAUACUCGUGCUGCUGGGAGAUCCUCGACGCUUUCGUUGCUCUCCACGCAAUCCACUCUGACUCGUUCUCUCUCAAAUUCCACUCAGCCGGACUCGACGACGAAGCACACCAACACCGCAAGGACCGAAGCCUGGCCGAUGUCUAAAGGCCUCCAAGAUGCUAGAAGCAUACUGCCUCAUACCUCGAUGACUACUCUGGCAGCACCAGACCGAGCCGACUUCACCCAGAAACCGGAUUUACUCGCACGGAAGCCAUCCGAUCAUGCUACUGGAUUUCCGGGAUUGGUUUCUGGAAGAGUACGUGAGCAGGAUGGCCAUGAUGAUGAUGCGGCAUCUUCGAAUGCUAACCGCCAUACCACCACCGAGCGACCGAACCGGACAUCGCGUCAGAUCAGUUUCGGUUUCUUCGGCUUCGGUUCGAAAGCCUCGGCAAGCACCGCGCUCUCGAUGGGAGGACCUCAAUCGGCAACGGCAUCAAGAAGACCUAAGAUGGGUGAACAGUCGGGAAAGCAGGACAACCUUAACAAAGUCAGGGCUUCUUUGAUUCGUAAGGUCUCGCACUCAACGAGCAUCGCUCCAGCUUCCAUUGCAUCCGAGCAUCACAGUGACAAAGUCAAGGACGAGACAGUCUCGGUGAAGGACGAGCCAGAAUCAGUCGAAUCAGAUGACAUUUCGGUUUCAAGUCAAGCUCCAGGCGCUACUAGCACUAAUGAGCUGAUUAUCCCAUCCGGGCUACAGAACAAGACCUUACUAGGCUCAAGGGACGUAGCCGCUAUCGAUGGUACUCAAGACAUCCCUCAGACACUUCUGCCCCUUGCAUCACUACUACCAUGGCUUGAGAUUAUCAACCCUUGCAACCCGACAAAGAACGAUGCGACUGGCAAUGGUCUAUGGCGUCGCUGGCACCACAUCUAUCCCAAUACGCCUCUUCUCACUGCGAUGAAGUGGAAGUCGCUCUGCUGUCCCGCGGCUAUUCCUUUGACCAAUGAAGAUUUUCCAACGGCUAAGGAACUAGCUACUGAGUUCAGCGAGAGCCCUUAUCGCGUUAUGCCUUGCGAGGAGGAGGAGUACGAGGAGUCCUCUUCGCGCAGGGAUAGACUGGUGAAAGAAUUGAUCGCGGCCAGACUGACUCACGGCUUUCAGAUUGUCGUAGGCAAGAAGGUUUUGGAAACUUCUGGUGUUCAAGCGCAAAUCAGCAAUGUGUUUGACGAUCGAUUCAUGACUGGAGAUGGCGCGACAGUUUUCUUGACGCUGGGCAAUACGAUACACCAAAUCAUCUGCAUCGGAAAGAAAGAGGUCGAAGUCAGGAGGUUUUGUCGUAAACCCAUUGCAGCCUUGGCUUCUUCGAACGACCGUAUUGUGCCUUCCAGCUACAGACCCUGGAUUCGAACGGCUCAUGCAACUCAAUUUAGUGUUGAGUUUCUGACUCUGGGAUCACCUACCAAUGAGUUGAACUGGAACGCAGUUGACAGCUUUCUGGCGGGAUUUGACAACCAGUUCUCAGAAGCUCUGCGCUUCUGGAGGGCUCGAUUCGUCCUGAUACCUGUUGACGUUCCUGCGACUGGACGCCGUUUGCUUCCCGUCGGGCCUCAGCUAUCAGCAGAAGAGAUGCGACUUGAGGGCAUACGGAAGCUCACUCAGUUGUGGCAGCAGCGCCGUCACCUCUCCUCGCAAGAACAACACUUCCAAGCGAACACGCGCAAGAUUAAGGAUCUUAACCCACUUGCGAUAGAAUUUCAGACCCGGGACCCUUCUGCUGUCGUUGCAGCUGGUGUUAACUCGUCAAUUCUUGCGAGCAACGACCCUGCCGACUUUGUCACCCAGAUCUUCAGCGAGAACGAGCCCUACAAGACCUCCAACAUAGACCUCAAGAAGCUUGCUCAAGACAUCCAAAGCACCAAAGAUAUCCCGCUGGAAGAUCGGCGUUGGCACCUCAAGCUGCACUACAACUGCUUCAUCGGCACCGACCUGACCAGUUGGCUGCUACGAAAUUUCAGCGAUGUUCAGACUCGUGAGGAAGCAGUUGAGCUAGGAAACUCGCUGAUGAAACAAGGCCUUUUCCAGCACGUACAAGGCAAGCAUCCGUUCCUCGAUGGCAAUUUUUUUUACACCAUUGCUUUCGAUUAUCGUACACCUCGCGCGGAGGGUAGAACUGGCUGGUUUGGCACUCGGCGGGGUGACAAAUCAGUCCCAUCCACGCCCAUGACCGAGCCCCUCAAACAUACAAGUGGUACAUCGCGAGAGCGCUCCAGGCCGAAGACUGGCAACUCCUCCUCGACCGAAUCUAGCGAUAAGACGCCAACAAACGUGCCAGCACCGAGACGCAAAGUUCUCUUGAGCCGCUCCAUGCGCUACGACGUUGACCACAGAAAGAAGUCUUAUCGCCCAGAGAUCAUUACUCUACACUAUGACCGCCUGCACAACCCUGGUAAUUGCUUCCACAUCCGCAUAGACUGGUUGAAUGUCACACCGAAGCUUAUCGAGGAUUGCAUUGUCACCUGGUCAACAACAGUCGAGAAGUAUGGCUUGAAACUAGUCGAACUGCCUAUUGCUGAGGCCACAAGCACGUCUUCCGCACACCCGUUUCGCGCCGCUUCCUACGUCCGUCUAGCAGUGCCACCCCCUGAGCCGCAGCCUCAGCAGUACUUCGAUACAACUCACUUCACACCCGUAACUCAGGCCGACAAGUUUGCUUAUCACAAAGCUCUGCUGAAGAAGCUUGACUUCGUUCUUGACAUGGAGUCUGUGGACUCUUUUCCUCCAGACGUCGAGGUCACCUACAGCUGGGGCAAGCCAGACUAUUGCUACACCCAGUUCAUCCACAAAUCUGGCCUCGUCCUCGCGCAGAUCAAAGACGAUGGCGUUUUCGCUCUCAUAGCCAACCGUCUUUGUGUCAACCGCGUUGCCGCGGCUCGCGUCGACACGACCAAAUUCGACCGUCUGUCCGGCUUCGAAGGGGCAUCGGGCCCACCUCCUCCUGUGCUCUACGCCAUGCAAAAUGGCCGUUACAUGUAUUGCAACCCUGAGCACACUAUGCCUCCUCCUUCCAGCGCCGGCGAACCUAAGUCCAUCACCGCCGAGACCAUCAAGGACGACUUCGAGAAAUUCUGCAAAGAUGAGCGCUCUUUGAAGAAGUUCUACGCAGAAGCCUUUGCUAAGGUCGCUGCUUCUCCCAGUCCGAGCCCGCACAAUACUCCGGUUUUGGACUCCUCGAUUCCGACUAUCCGCUUGCCGCCCAACAUCAACGUUCCUGCGUUGAGAGACCCCUCUCCGCUUGGGCAGACAGGCUAUACCGCUUCUUGA